UGAGAAAUUUUUAUAAUGGCUGUAAUGUGAAAUGAUGUUACAAGCGAAGUGCAGCGAAGAGGAUUACUGCACAUCAUCGACACACCACUCAAUUGAAAAGGAGCAUGGAGUGCGACAGUCGAAGCCAAGACUGGACCGUUUCAUCCCUCACAGGCAGUAAGAAGGAAAAGCUAUGUCUGGUGUGCGGGGACAAAGCGUUGGGUUAUAACUUUAAUGCCGUCUCCUGUGAGUCGUGUAAGGCAUUUUUCCGGAGAAAUGCACACAAGACUAUACGAGGGCGCUGUGAGGGAAAGUGUGAGGUAAACGUGGAGUCGCGCUCAUUUUGUAAAAGAUGCCGCCUCCAAAAGUGCUUUACCGUUGGCAUGCGCAAGGAUAUGAUACUCAAUGAACAACAGAAAAAUGUUCGAAAACAGAAGAUCAUUAUAAACAAGUUAAAGAAACAUGGGCACUGUCCUCUGGAGGAUUCGUGUUCUGGCACAUCCGAGGUUUUUUCUGAGGAUUUUGAGGCAAAGAUAUACUCACAAAGUCUCGACGAAUUGCGUUCAGAAUUUCCAAAUCUCUCUGAAAAAGAUUUAGGAAUGCUGACCAAAUUAAAACAGGAAAAUAUUGAUGAGAAAAAUGUGUGUUCAACCUCGGAGGAUUGCACGUUUCCCAAAUGGACUGACCCGGAGGAGCAUGUAGAGGAGAUUAUCAGUGACAUGUCAGAAAUCCAUCAAAGUUUAGUAAAGGAACUCUUACGCGCUAAUGAGCAGAGUUUCUUUCUUGCCAACACUUCCACGGAAGUCAGAAGCAUACCAACAAAUGCUGCAGAGUUCAUCAACAUAGCAGAGGGCUUCAUACGUCGAUUGAUAAAAUUAGCGAAAAACAUUGAAUUUUUCAAAAUGAUAGCAAAAGAGGACCAAAUAACUUUGCUCAAAGGUUCUGUGACCGAAAUCAUGAUGUUGCGAUCAGCUGUUAAUUAUGAUGUUAAAACUGAAUCUUGGAGCUUGAGCACAAAACGUUGUCUGAAUAAAGACACUGCUAAAGCUUCAAGUAAAGAACCUCUCGGUGCAAAUCUACCUCAUAGCUCUCACGCCAACAAUGUAAACCAGUCUGCCAGCCGUGACCUCACAAACCUACCAAAUGUGUUACCUCCUAAAGACAAGUCCAGUCACGUUCUGCCGGACACGUCUGGAAUAAAAACAGAAGUAAAUACGUCAUCUACCUCAUGCUCCGUGGUUGGGGCCUCGCUCAACAUUGAAAAAUCGCAUGCCCAAUUGCCAGUCGGUUCUGAUAUAAGUCACUUGCGCACUCGAUGUUCAGGGGAUGCUGAUCUUCGUCAGUUGCCUGCUCAAGUUGAACAGAAAAAGACGGAUGAAAGCCCUAGUAAGUCAGGUUUAACAAACAUAAAAGCAGAUCUGCUAAAGAAUAGCAACACUGAAACUCGUGUAAUGUAUAUGUCAUAUUCUUCAUUCAUCAAAUCUCUGAUGAAAACUAUCCAUGGCGAUGUCCUAAUGCUCAAAUUGCUAGUUAUGCUGUCAUUGUUUUCGUCGGAUCGGCAGGGCCUUGAGGAAAAACAAAAGGUUGAAGAGAUUCAGGAAUGUUAUGCGCAAAUCCUUCAGGGUUAUAUUUUUGCCCGAUUUCCACACGAAAAGAGCCUCUUUGCCAAGGUUCUAAUGAAACUCACAGACCUUCGCGAUAUCAAUGAACUCCACACCAAGAUGUUACUCAGGAUGAAGGUCGAAAGCCUCGAACCAUUACUUAUAGAAAUAUUUGAUCUCCCUUUUUGAUUUAUCUGUCAGUCUUAAUUUUGUACAGGUUUCAAAGGGUUCAAAUCGUUUGCAUUUUUCAAGGAUAAAUUGCAAAAAUUCUUAAAAGCAUUGCGAAGAUUAUGAUUCAUUUCAUAGUUUAAAUUUGCAAAAAUAAUAUCUAGUUUUUAACAGUGAAAAUACUAAAUCAUCAAACAAAUAUCCUUUGAGAAACCUGUGAAAACUUGACAUAUUGUAAGUUUACUUGUAUCAUGUUGCAUGUAUUCGUGUAGUAUUAGGGGUAACUAAAGUGCUAUUUAAUGAAAUAUUUUCUUUAUAUACAGGAGGCUCAUUAUGUGAUAAAUAUAAUGUUAUGGGAUGGAUGCUUAAUGGUAAACUUCUCUGUCAUGAGUAUAUUUUAAAUCGUUAUUGUUUAUAGGGCAAACAAAUAUAUAAACAGCUCAUAAAAUAUACGAUUAUUUGAAGAAACAUACUACAGAGAAAGAGCAGUGAAAACCGGAUAAUAACUAAUUCCAACUGAAAGUCGAUUACAAAGGAAAAAUAUGAAUGAAAAGGUAUGGAAUUUCAUGUAGACCCUCCAAAGAAACACAAGGAUAAACCAUUAACUUUGUUCUAAAAGGAUGAAUAUAUAUAUAUAUAUAUAUAAGUAACAUUGACAUGGAAAUAACAUUUAAUCUGUAAAUUUGUCAGUUAAAUCUCAAUCAUAAAAACAAAAAUCCUUUACCUCAUCGGAAAACUUAUUUCUGAAUUACAUAUGUACUAUCUUCAUACAAAUCUUGGUAGGUUCUUACAAGACUUAGGGUGAACAACUCAUCACAAACUUUAGAGAACAUUCACUGUUCGUGAGUCAGUCCAAUAGAUAAAACUUAAUUUGCAAUUUUUGGAAAACAGAUACCAAGAAAUAAAUAAUCUGCUGAAAUUGUAUAAAAACGAAACAACAUGUAUGAGAUAUUGAUUAUUAGUUACAAUUCAGAUACCAACUGCAAAUAAUGAAUUUAUGUAAAAAAAUACAUAAACAGUUAAAAGAAAGUUAAUGUAUUCUUAAAUGUGAUGUAAUAUGUGCGUCUUAUAUUAAUUUGUUUCAAUAAUAAUAUGAAAAAAGGGCGGCAAUUAUUGAUAUUUAAGAAUUUUUUACUUUGGGAAGAAAAGGAAGGUAGGAGAACUAAAGGGAUUGUCAUAAAUAUGUAAAUGUAAAUGGGGAAAGCUUAAUUUAAUACUUUAAGUUUAAAUACUGCUAAUUGUUUUGUCAUUAUACAUUAUGUUUAUUUAGAUUUUUUUUAUUUAUUUAUAUAU